GGCUCACUAGUGACCCAGGAAACACACCUCACAACCUAACUUUGUGGAAUUCACCCAUUUGGAGACUGAAAAAGUCUCCACUUCUGAAUAGCACCUUUGUCGGCAAGUAAGACAUAUUAAGGUUCCUCCGCAACAUUGAUCAUCUUCAUAAUGAGCAACAAGUGGUCUGUCGUGCCACUCGUGGUGCUCACCCUCACAGGCCUAGCGAAAAGCUUUCAACCACUCAUUGCGUCUGAUGUGAACUCCACGACCCACCGCAGCAUCACAAAAAGAGCUGCUCUUCUGAAGACUGCCGAGGUCUGUAGAGACAUCGCAAAAGCAGAAGGAAAAAACUUCAGUCUCACUAUUGAUGACAGUCUAUCAGUUGACCAAGUACAAGAAGCGUGUUCAUUUUCAGACAUUUCCACCUCGCUCCUGUCCAGUAUUAUGUUCCAUGCUUCUAUUGCCAGUUUAUACUUCAGCAAUGCUAACGUGGAUUUAACAUCUGCGUCAAGUGACGAACACCAUUUUGAUGGAGAAACAUUCCUGAAAGGGAGGGACCUAAUUACAAAAGGUGUGUCUGCUGUGAAAGCCAGUGUAAAACAGGACAACUUUAUCGCAGGGCGCUGGACUCUUGGAAGUGUAUGUCACACUCUGCAGGACUUCUAUAGCCACAGUAACUGGGUGGAGUUGGGGAACAGGUCACCUUACAACGCCCUCAUCAAACCUGGCCAAACUUUGGAGAAUCUGGCAGGACCAAAUAUUUCUACCUGUAGGAACUGUACAGGAGAGAACUGUGAUGACAACAUAUUGCCCGAUGUACUGCAGCAAGGGCUUCUUACUUCUGGCUACUUCAACCUCAUUUCCUCUGAAAAGCCAGAUGGUAAAUGCAGUCAUGGAGGUUCUUUUGACCAAACAAGCAAACGUGAACCAGUGGGGGGUAUCAAUAAAGAUGAGACCGGGUCCAGCCACGGUUCACUUCACUAUGAAGCAGCUAACUUGGCAGUGAAUGCUACUUUGGAGCUUCUGGAGAACAUCAGAAUAGCUGUAGGAGACAAGAACUUCCUACGAUUGAUGGGCCUCUCCCAGUCCUCUGCAUUGUGUUUUGUCAUCGACACAACAGGGAGUAUGAGUGAUGACAUAGCUGAAGCUAAAAGAGUUUCUUUUAACAUUAUUGACAGCAAGAGGGGAACACAGCAGGAGCCUUCAAUCUACAUAUUGGUUCCUUUCAAUGAUCCAGGUUUUGGACCUCUCCAUGUGACAACUGAUGCAGACGUAUUUAAAGAAAGCAUCAACAAACUGACCGCUAGUGGAGGCGGUGACAUCCCAGAGCUUUGCCUGUCUGGACUGCAGCUUGCCCUUACUGCUGCUCCACCUUCAUCUGAGAUAUUUGUCUUCACUGAUGCUCCAGCAAAAGAUGCUGACUUGAAAAACACUAUUACGGCCCUUAUUGAGAGCAGAAAGUCUGAGGUGACUUUCAUGCUAACGGAUGUCUUGGCUAGUCGACGCAAAAGAGCACUGAAUCAAGCAGAUGCUCAGCUAUACCGUGACCUUGCUCGGGCUUCUGGAGGUCAGGCCAUUGAGGUCAGCAAGUCAGACCUUACUCUGGCUACGAGUGUUAUAGAGGAUUCCUCAUCCAGUGCCUUGGUAACUGUCUUUCAAGAUGUGGUGAACCCCGGAAAGCCAGAUAAUUUUACAUUUGCUUUGGAUAGCUCACUACAAAACAUUACUGUCUACAUCACAGGAGCGUCCUCUCUCUCUUUUGAUCUCAUCAGUCCUACAGGUGAAUCUCAGCGCUCCAGUGAGUCCAGUGGCCCUCUGGCAUCACUGGCUUUAGCAGGUAACCUACGACGACUGACCCUCAACAAUGUCAAUGAAACAGGACGGUGGAAUAUCUAUGUAGACUCCAAUGACCCCUACUCAGUUAAGGUCACAGGUCAAAGUUUAUUUAACUUCCUAUACAAUCUUGUGGAACCACAAGAGGGGGCCCAUGCAGACUUCUUUCUAAAGGAAGGACGCCCUAUUUCAGGUGGUAAUAUGUCCCUCUUGGUCACAAUGGCAGGAAGUGACAGUGUAACGAUUCCUGAAGUCACGUUGUUUGACAGCUCAGGGCCAACGGAGGUCAACGGGACUUUGACGUCAUUAGGAGGAUCUGACUUCCUGGUAACAUUUAUUGAGAUUCCAGCGGGUGAUUUUGUGGUUAGGUUAAACGGAGAAGAAGGCAGUCCAUUAUCAAGGUCAUCUCUUAGUAGGUUCCAAAGGCAGGCUUCAACUCGGAUUAAGACUUCCAGUAUUUCUGUGACUGCUCAACCUAAAAGCACCAUCAUAGAACCAGGCUCCACUAUAUCCAUCACUUUCACUGUCACCAAAACAACCAAUGGAGUCAUUAACGAGACCGCAACAGGGACCUUUGCAGUGCGUGCCACCAAUGACCGCAGCUUUGACUCAACAUCACCCAGUUCUAUUACCAUUGAAGCAGACACCGGUGGGAAAGCCAACGGCACAGUGACCCUCACCGCCCCUGACAGCGCGGCAUCAGGCUCUGAUAUCACGCUUACCAUCGAGGCAGAAGAUGAAGCUACGACUGAUAUCAACUAUACUGUUCUUCGGUUUUCAAUUGCUGCUGAGGUGACUGAUGUUAAUGGACCAGUGUGCCAAGAGAUCAGCACAUCCACCAAUUGUUCAGCGCUCUGCUACACCUCCCAGUGGAAGUUUGUGGCUAAUGUGACUGACGGUGUGAAUGGGACUGGUAUUGAAAGAAUCACCGUCCGUGAAGGAAACGGCACUCUCAACACGACCGUAGUAGUCGGGCUGGGGGGCGAGAACAUCACUGUGGCCUCCUACCUGGCUUCUUGCUGUGCAGACAGAGUGGAGCUGACUGUUGUGGACAAUGUAGGAAAUGUUGGAAUUUGUUUGGGCCAAGUGCGACAGUCCACCACAGUUGCGCCUGUGACUGCAAAUAAUUUGACAACUAACUCCACUUCCACUGGACAGCACACGAUUAGCACAACACUUUGGAUCUGGAUACUUGUUGUGACACUUUCACUUUGGAAAUGAAAAUGAUGCAUGAAAUUAUUCUAUUUGAGGCAAACCAUUCAGCUGCUUUGAACAUUUGUAUCUUGAAGUUAGGCAAAAUAGCUGAGAGGAAAUGAAUUUAUACUACUAACCAAUUCAUGGCGUAAGGAUAUGAUUUGUAAGCGUACACUGUUACACAAGCUUUUUUUUAAAGAAUUGUAAACCUGGCUGAAAAGCAUUGACUGUAAAGCGUAAAAAAAAUUGAAUAUCAUCAUGACUUGUUAGAAUUGUUAUUGAGUUUACUGUAUGCAUUUGGUACACACGCAGAACCAAUGUCGAUGUUGAUAAUGACAUGAUUUUUUUUUUUUUUUUUUUACCUGAAAUGUAACAAACCCCCCGUUUUCUUUUACAAAGCAUUCUGAUCAAUUCAAGUCAUUUUAAAGACACCACUUAAUUGAUAACAUUAAUUAGAAUAUUUACUCACUGAACAUUGCAAUCCUACCUCCCUGUGGUGUUCUCAUCACAGCUGGUGCUUGCUGCUGCAUCUCCCUUGUGAGGUGCUACAAGCCAAAAUGUCCACAGUUAUGUGUUGUUAUCACACGGUUUGCAAAGUUGCAUUUUAUUCGCCAUCUUGCCUUAGCACUUUCAUUGUAAUCCUGUUUGCAGUUUGAGGGCGCGAGCUCGUUGUACGUUUUGCCAAUUCUUUUACAAGCGCUUUUCUCUUUUCAAUUCUUAUUUUUUUGGCUCUGCCCUUUUUUACCCUACACACGUCAGAAUGCGUCUGGAGAAAUAUAUAUAAAUAUAUUAUUACAUUUACAUAUUUAUUUUUUAAAGAUAGCCCACAGGGACAACGGUAACAGCAUGUAAGUAAUAUUCACUGUCAUGAAUAAAUACCAAACAAAAAAAUUAUAAUACCGUAGUAUUAAAAUUGUGUAAAACACGGACUGGAUCGGCCCUUCUUACUGGCCGGCCCACCGGGAUUUGUCCCGUUCCUCCUGAUUAGCCAUUCCGGGCCUGGUCCCGACAACACAGCAUAAGUAGUAUGCCCGGCAGUGCCGGGCUAUACUGCUUGUUUGAGAUAUUUACAGCAUUCAGAUUGCCAAGCAGAGAAAUAUGUUUGAACAGUGGAAUACUGCAGUUCUAAAGGGAUAAGAGUUUCUUCGUUACCUGCAACCAGAACUGUUAUACACGUGCACAUCGCCAAAUAGCAUACAAAUAUGUAUCUGGAGUAUUCUCGUGACAGUUUAUACGUUUAUCGGAUUGGGAAAAUCCCAUUUUGUACAUAUUAGAUUGAGUUAUAUGCAUCUAUGCAGUAUUUUAAACUGGAUAAUUUGCAAAUUGCUAGUUUUCGUCACAGAUUUUGGUCACUAUUAUCGGAUGUUAGUGAAAUAUUGUUUCUCCAUUUUUAGAUUGGUAAACAUAUAUAAUUAUUACAUAAGAAUCAUAUACACACUUUGAAAGUAUUUUUUUAAUCAUUGCUCAGUUUGA